AUGGUUUAUCUUAGGACUGGUUCCACUUUUGACUAUGAUACUAUUUGUAAGAUUUCUGGUAUGUUACGACAACUCGCUACUCUCGAGUUUGUCAACAUUUACUACCAGAAUCUGAACAGAUGUGACCCAGUUUAUUUGUUUGGUGACGAAAUUGAAUACCUCGUUGUUAACCUCGACCAUUCGAACUCUAAAGCUCGACUCCUUCCAAUAUACCCUCAUAUAUCAAAAUUUAUUGAAAAUAAACAUCAUUUGAAUCCGAAUAAUCUUAAAUCGGUAUUCCAUUUUUUAAAUUCAAAUGAAGAAUCCACUCUUAAGCACACUGGUUGUAAUCGCAACGAGCUUAGUUUUAAUAUUGAAGACAUAGGGUUGGAGAAAACCGUUGUCACACCGGAAUAUGCUUCAUACAUGGUUGAGUGUAUCCCUGACGAACCAUAUUCUCUUUUUUCUAGCUAUGUUAAUAAUGUGCGUAAAUCAGUUCAUAAUCGUCGUAAACGUCUUGAACUUAUUUUACUUAUGUUAGGCUACAAUCACUCUAAAGUCACUACCCUAACUAACUUUUUAAGGCUUGGUUGUGAGGAUUGCGUAUACGUAGGAGAUGAGGAGUUUAGGAAAAUCUUAACUGGUAAUAUGAAGGGUUUAUUGAGUAACCUAUUCCCUGACAUUUGUGUCAGUCCCUUCAGUAGGUUUCUGAAGAUUACUGAGAAUAUUGGAAUACGAAGGAGAGGAACCAGGAUAUACGUAAAGAAAUUUGUUAAGGUUAAGAGUAACGACGUGUUGACUAAGUACGAAGACUUUAAGGAUCAUGAUGAAGAAAAUACUGCGUUUAUUGGAUCAGCCUCGAGUUUUGACGCCUCUAACAAGAUGGAUAAGUUUAUAGAAAAGGUGAACAACCUUAGUAUGUUUUCACUUUUGUCCGAAAAACAGCAGAACUUGGGCAAAAAAUUGUUAACAUAUUCUAAUGUAUCCGCUAACCCCAACAAUGUAAAUGAAGAGCUGUUCAAUCAUGUUGUUCAGAGUGUGUAUUCAAACGAUCCGAUGACAAAUGCUGACAGUAAGGGACUGAAUAGUGAUUUAACAAAAGCCUUUAUAAACCUUGUAGGUAGCUUUAGCGGAGAUGGUGCCAGCAACAGUACUUGCAUGGACAAUUCCUCUGAUGAAGUUACUGAUUUUUCCACAACUCCCCUGUAUAGUAAAAGUAAUUCUAAUCAUUACCCUGACAUUUUAACUUCUGGACUACACACUCCUCAUAGUCUAACCAUCAAUGACUCCAGUGACACAUCUCUAGAUAUCACCAACUCCAUUAAUGCCACUACUAACUACGGUAACACUGCCGUAACUAGUGAUUCUACCACUAUUAACGCUGUAAAUAGUGAAACGACAACUAUUAACGACGAUAACAGUGACACUAAUACUUCGUUUGAUGUUAAAAGUCGCCACAAUAAACUUAAGGAUGAUUUUGAAACGUUAAGCAACUAUGAUGAAAACUUGAUUUUUAUGGACAGUACUGGGUUCGGAAUGGGAAUGUGCUGCCUCCAACUUACUUUUUCAUGUUACAAUUUGGAUGAAGCUAGGUAUCUCUACGACCAAUGUGUAGUUUUAACACCAAUAUUACUAUCAUUAUCCUCUGCAACAGUGGGAUACCGGGGCUUAUUGGCUGAUUCUGACCAUCGGUGGUCAGUUUUGGUUCAGGCAAUGGACGACUUAAAUGAGGACCGUGAAAUUAUAAGGAAAAGCAGAUACAGCACCUCUUCCCUGUAUCUAUCAACAAGUCAAUUUUGUUUAGACAACUACAAAUACCUCAACGACAUACCGGUAGCUUCGGAUUUAGACUGUUUCAUACACUUGAUUAAAUUUGGCAUAGAUCCCAUUUUAGCUAGACACAUUUCUCAUAAGAUGGUUUAUCAGCCACUUGUUGUGUAUGAAGAGGACUUUGGGCGUGUAAAUUGCGAUGAGACUGAUAUGCACUAUCAGAUUUUCCACGCGACAAACUGGGCUUCUGUUCGCCUGAAUCAUCCCAAAAUUUUGGAAUCACGUGCUCACUCAAGUGAUUCCAAGCCCGAGAAGAUUCCAUGGCGUGUUGAGUUUAGGCCUAUGGAUAUUCAGUUGACUGACGAGGAGAACUCUAUGUUUAUUUGUGUCGUAGCUUAUCUCGUGAAGGUUUUGUUGCUUAAACGGUUGAAUCUGUACAUGCCCAUUUCACUGGUCGACAUUAACACUGAGAUAUCUUCUAAGAUUGAGUCUUGUCACAGGGACCUCUUCUAUUUCAGGGAGGACAUCACCAGCAACAAACUCAGCAUAAAGAAGUUCAGUUUACAUGACAUUCUCUUUGGACAGGUCGGAUUGUUCAGGAUUGUGGUUGAGAACCUGGAGAAUGAGUUUGUCAGUGGCGACGUUUCUCGGGAGUUCCGCGACCAACUCGUCAAGUACUUCAAACACUUUGAACAACUGACCCUCGGAAACACGCCCACCAACGCCACCAAACUCAGAAGAUUCAUUCAGACACAUCCCACCUACACUGGAGACGGAACCAUAACUGACCAGAUACUCUACGACAUCAUACAAAACCUAACAAGCUACUAG